CGCAAGAAACGUUCUUCUUUCAAAUGCAGUGGUGUAGGGAAUAAUAUACUUUGUUAAAUGAUUUUCCACAAUGUAAUAUGCCCCCUAGAUUUAAUUUUUAAGAGUUUUAAUGCUGAGCGUUUUCAGCUAAGUAUUCUUACCACGAUUUGCCGGUCAGAAAUUUUUAAGCCAUUGGAUGAUUCACGUUGAUCAGGCAAGUUCUACUGUCAGGCUUACUGAAAAAUCUAGCAAAGCGGAAAAAUUGUUGACUUGGAGACUUGUCAUUCUUUCUUCUUUCCACGGCUUCUUCAAGUAACUCUGAUUAAAUGUAACUUAGCUCUAUAUCGGGGCAUUUUCUUUUAUCGAUUCGUGUACCGUUUACCUGAACACCACGUGAUCAUGCUCGACUAUAGUUAGUAGAUCUGAAAGUACUUGCAAACUGAAAAUCUCUUUGUCUCGUACCAAGAUACUAGUCCAAAAAAUGUAUCAGACUGAAAGACUUUUUAUCACGAAUUGUAAAACUUAUCUAUCCUCGCAAAUGGUGUUGGAACGUUCAUACCUGCAAACGCACAUCGUCUUAUGAUGUAAUGAGAAAUUAAAAAUGCUUAUAUUGCAAUAUCCUUUGAGUGCUCGACUCACUUGUCACUCAUUUGGUCAGCACUCAGCAGUUAGUUGAAUAUUUUUCAACUGGUAGAUUGUUUAGAAUAAUUGUAUACGAGUCAUAGAAAAUUCCCCCUUUUACAUUAUCCUCCGUAUAUGUACUUUGCAAUGCAUCCAUGAUAUAGCGAAACACAAAGUCCUGACCUCUCGAUAUACCUCACGACAUAGUGUCUCAAGCUCAAAUAAUCACGGCAAUUUUUAUAAAUUCGUGUUCACAAUCAGUAUCAUAGAUUCAUGCGUGCGUCAUAUCUGAACAAGAUGGAACCAGUACCGUAAUACCUAUCCUCAUCGUGAAACAGCUUAAACGUCGAUACUAUAACACAGCUUACUGAGAUAAUUGCCUACUGGAUAACUGAGAGUAACGUGACAUUUAUCGAAAUGACGCAUUCGAGUGUGUUUGUUCAUACUUUUACGCGAUUGAGGCUGUAAAUGGUUAUGCAGUCUCGUUUAUUGAAAAAUGACCAGCAGUGCGACUGACGCUGCCCAUUUGAACGAUUUUCUAUUUAUGACAGGUCGAUGUUGUAUCUCCUUACCUUGCGAUAGCUUGGAGUAUCGAUAUCCUCUUUACGGAUACGUAUCGAUAGUCAAUAUCUAUUAUAUAAUUGGAGAUCGGAUUGCAGAUCUCUACUAUCUAACCAUCUCAGUUUGGUAAAAGAUAUCAUUCGAAGACGUACUUUAUCCGAAUGUUCGUGAAAGACUGUUGGUAUUCUUUUACGACAACGUGUCUGUUUGAUUUUGAGGUGCCGUGCGUCGGGAAUGGGUCAUACACGAAAACCAUGAUUCAAACGACAGCAGGGCCUUUCACAGCCGUUAUUGUGGUAUUGUCGGGUUACAAACGGAGAUGACAGUGUCUCGAGUUGGGGGGAAACCUGACAUACUGUGUAGUUGCCUCGAGAUACGGCACUAUCGCGGCGAGAGGUGCUCAACUUAAUUAUAUUCAGAAUUUUUGGACUUAUUGACGAUCGAGAAAAUCUUAUCUGUGCGGUUGGCCACAUAUCACGCAUAUGCGCUUAAUUAAACUGGCCACUAGAUGUAGGGACAUUAGAAAAUCCUAUCCGAUGACGCCACUUUUCGCAAUUCUCUACACUGUGGCAUGGUAAAUGAAGCCUUUUUCGAUAACGUCUUCACCUCGUAUUACAUACCAUUACGGAAUAACCAUUGCGUGCCAUCGUGCAAGUAAACUAGUCACAAUAUAACAGGUUUCUACUUUGAGAGGACAGUCACUUAUAGACGAGCGGGAUUUGUAGCAGGUUAAAAUGUUACGGAGUUUUGUGUCAGCUACGUUGAUUUUGCUUGCCGCUUUUUGGCACUACGGAUAUGCUUCAAGGAUACUCGGUGUAUUUCCAACCCCUUCGAUCAGUCAUCAAAUAGUAUUCCGCGCUCUCACCCUUGCACUGAGAGAACGGGGCCAUCAGCUCGUUGUUGUGACUCCAGAUCCGGUCAACGAUCCAAUGUUGACCAACUAUACGGAGAUUGAUCUUCACUUUCUCUACGCUGAUACCGACGGUGGUGAGAAUUGGAUCGAGACUUUGGCAAAGGAAAGGUGGACCGAUAUCCAGGAUGCCUAUUUGUCGACGGUCUUGUCACAAACCGAACUCAUCCUUGAUCAUCCUGAACUGAAGAAGCUAUACGCACCAAACAAUAGCCAAAAGUUCAACUUGAUGAUGAUCGAGAUGCUUUAUUAUCCUGCCCUUUUGCCUCUUGCCACGCGAUUCGAUGUUCCAGUUGUGGGUAUAACAUCUCUGGGUCUAAGUUUGAGUAUUCAUUACGCAAUUGGCAAUCCUAUCAUCCCUUCUCAUUCGUCAAAUUGGGAUACAGAAGAAAUGAUUUUCGGUGAGGCGACAUUUUGGCAAAGGCUAAAAAACUUUAUAUGGGUAUGGAAGUUUUUAUAUAAAUACCGAACUCGUUACAUGCCGGCGCAACAGGCGUUGGCCAGAAAAUAUUUUGGGAACGACAUUCCUGAUAUCAGCGACAUCGAAAAGAACGUCAGUGUGGUUUUUGUCAACCAGCAGACACCGAUUUCGUAUCUCAGACCAAAUAUUCCUAAAGUCAUAGAUAUCGGUGGAUUUCACAUCGCAAGGGAAAUCAAGCCACUCCCGAAGGACCUUCAAAAGAUCUUGGACGAUUCGACGCAAGGCUUCAUUUACAUGAGCCUUGGAUCAAAUAUCAAAAGUGUGAUGUUGAGUGACGAAGUGCGUAGAGAAUUCAUCGCUGCAUUUUCGGAACUGCCGUACACUGUUAUUUGGAAAUUUGAGGACGAUUUUCUUGCAAAUAAACCAGAAAAUGUCAUAAUUAUGAAGUGGACUCCGCAGCAAUCGAUUCUGGCACAUCCGAAUCUAAAAGUUUUCAUAUACCAAGGAGGACUUCAAAGCACAGAGGAAGCGGUUUCUCAUGGCAUCCCUGUAAUUGGAUUACCGGUAUUCACCGACCAGCACGUACACGCUAACAAAAUGGUUAGUCUAGGUGUUGGAAAAAAGUUGAACAUUCAUUCCGUCAACAGGCACGAUAUACUUGAAGCAAUUCGCACUGUCGUCUUUGACACAAGCUACAAGAGGCGGAUGAUCGACUUGCGGAAUUUGCUCAAGGACAAACCCUACGAUUCGCUGAAGAACGCGAUUUGGUGGACAGAGCAUGUGAUACGUCACAAAGGAGCUUCACAUUUGCAGUCCACUACGGUCGACGAGCCGUGGUAUCAGCGUCAAGAUAUGGACAUUGUUUUUGUUAUUUCCACCGGAUUUGUCAUAACUUCAAGUUUGGCAAUGAUUGCGUUCUGCAGGAUGGUCAAUCAUAUUCGUGCAAUGAUUCACCCAAUCAGUCAGAAGGUCAAAAUAAAUUGACGCGACCUCGCGAUUAGAGCAGAUGAGUAAAAAAGGUCUUACAAUUUUUUGCAAAUUGGAAAAAUAUGGAAUAUGCACUGUAAAUCAUCGAUCUAUUCUCGUAAUUCUGGAUACCAAUUAUUCCUUGGACUCGCGGUAAACUAUGUUCACGGAAAGGCCAAUUUUCCACUCUGCACUGAGGGAGCAAAGUGCAGUUUUGCUUCCUCAGGGUGGACGGCCACAUCCCCCUCUCAGUUUCGGUAGUAAGUCCCGCAUUCGUAGGCAAAAACCUAUCUUCCUUUCUUGGUGCAGAAUGUACUAUUAUUAUCGAAUCAACGAUAAUGUUUACUUUCAUGACUUGAUAAGCAGGAAACAAUAGCAUACGACUCCCUCGUAUACUUUUUCCGCUGUCUGCUUCUCGCUUUGUUCAGGCAGUAAAUCGACCGCGGGGAUAAUCUUCGACUUUAUUCCCUUGUUACGUAAUGUACUGUUGUGGGGGCAGUUCAAAGUUAUUCACUUGAAUGAAAUACAGCGAGACAAUCAAACACAAAUAAUACAUAUUUGAAUACUCACGGUAAUUAACAAAAUAUUUUACGUAAUAACAUUCAUACAGUCUCUAAAAUUGCCUUCUAAAAUCAGAAUUCACAAAUAUCAGCGCAACACACGCGUAAUAACAGAUGUUCGUUGCGGGGUAGGAAUUAUGUUUACGCCUGAGAUGAGCUAGGACAAUUCAACGAACACAGACCGGGCGGUUCGCAUCCGUUUAGUUCGAACAAAUCCAAUCCCGAGCGUCGCGGCGUCAUUCGCAGUCAUUUGCUCGUUGGCAGCGGGCCGAGAGCUACGGAGUCGUUUGUCGCGUGGUCUAAUCGUAAUAUUCGGGAAUGGAUGUCUGCCUUAUCGGGAAAAGUCAGGGAAAAAUCAAGGAAUUAUAACGGACCAUAGGGAAAAUGUACCUAUUUUAUAAAUCCUUUUCAAAUCUCAGCUGUGCUUCGUAAAUUCAGUUAAAUAUUGCUUAAUUUCUAAUUAUUUCUGUGCAACGAACCACUAGUAGGUAUUUUUUACCUAUGAAUGUACAUAAUAUUCAAGGUGCAUAACUUUCGGAGCUUUUGGUCAUGAAAACUGGGCAACAUUACCUAAGUCUCGUGCGAAAGAGUCGAGGAAUUUUAUAAUAAUCAAACUGUGCACUUAAAAAUCCAUGUCGCCAGUUGCCAAUCGCAAGGAGGAAUUGCGAUAAGCUUAACGCCUGCAAAACGACAUCUCGACUGUCGCGUACAUUGGAAAAGUCAAAGAGCUUGCGUGAAGAGAAUGCGCACUAAACUUGCUGUUUGCGUUACGUCGAUGGAUCGUGCUCGAUCCUCAAGCAGUUGAGGUUGGUUCGGAUGAUAGUUGAGUAAAUAUCGGUAUAAAAAAUGUCGACGUCCCGUGGUAUAAACUUGUUGAGAGUCUUUAGACAA